ACUGAAACACACCCGUAGACUGAAACACACCCGUAGACUGAAGCACACCCGUAGACUGAAGCACACCCGUAGACUGAAGCACACCCGUAGACUGACGCACACCCGUAGACUGAAACACACCCGUAGACUGAAACACACCCGUAGACAGACUCACACCCGUAGACAGACUCACACCCGUAGACUGACGCACACCCGUAGACUGACGCACACCCGUAGACUGACGCACACCCGUAGACUGACGCACACCCGUAGACUGACACACACCUGUACUCACUCACAUGAUGCCUGUGUUGCUCCUGUUCUCUGCAGGUACCUGAAGUUCACGCUGGACCAGUAUGUGGAGAUGGACUACAUCCUGGUUUACUUCCACUACGGCCUGAAGAGCAGCAACAAGCCGUCUCUGAAGUGGCUCCGAGAAGCUUACGGAGAGUUCGACAGGAAGUACAAGAAGAACAUGAAAACUUUGUACGUCGUUCAUCCGACAAAUUUCAUCCGAAUCGUGUGGAACAUCUUCAAACCUCUGAUCAGUCACAAGUUUGGGAAGAAGCUGACGUACGUGAACUACCUGACUGAACUCAGAGAACACCUGAACUACGAGCAGCUCAUCAUCCCCCCCGACGUGCUCAGACACGAUGAGAAGCUUCGAGCUGCUCAGAGAGGAGGAGGAGGAGCCCCCCCCUCAUUGAAGACCCCCCCACCUCGACCCCCCCUCCCCACACAGCAGUUUGGAGUCAGUCUGCAGUACAUCAGAGAGAAGAACAGAGAGCAGAUGAUCCCUCCUGUGAUCCGUCACACUGUGAGCUACCUGAAGGAGAGAGGUCUGAGGACCGAGGGCAUCUUCAGACGCUCGGUUCGAGUUCAGCUCAUCAAAGACGUUCAGAGGCUCUAUAACCUGGGUAAACCCGUAAACUUUGACGAUUAUCACGACGUCCACGUUCCUGCUGUGAUCCUCAAGACGUUCCUCAGAGAGAUGCCAGAACCUCUGCUCACCUUCACAGUCUACAGCCAGGUCCAGGACCUCCUCACCGUGGAGACGAGUCUGAGGGUCAGCCGCUGUAAACAGAUGAUGGAAAGUCUUCCUGAACAUCACUUCAUCGUAGCAAAGUACCUGCUGAGUUUCCUCCACACGGUGUCUCAGCAGAGCCUGGUGAACAAGAUGAGCUCCUCUAACCUGGCCUGUGUGUUCGGGGUGAACCUGGUGUGGCCUCUCCACGGCUCCAUCUCUCUCACGGAUCUGACGCCCAUCAACAUCUUCACCGAGAUCCUCGUGGAACACUUCCCCACCGUGUUCGGCUCCCGCUGCCCACCUGCACAGGUAGAGCCCUGAAACCUGUAGACCGGCACCACACACACCUGGACCCAGACCGCACUCUUCUUCUGGGAACACUUUAAAAAGGCAAAAUAUCUCAACAACUACCAUGAAAUCAGCUGUGGAUAUUCAUUGUCCCCAGAGGACACUUCUUAAAGACUCCUGAUUCCCACCGAAACGGACUGAACGUUCCUGCUCCUCAGAGGAUGAACCUUUAACCUUGUACACACUGUUGUGGACUUUGAGUUUUCCCCUCUAGCGACACCUUCAGGACCGGUGUAGUCUUUGCACUUCAAAUUAUCGUUUUGUCUUGAUUAGCCUUUGAUCAUUUUUGUUAGUGUUAGUUGCAGAUAAUUGAAUCACAUUAUGUUGUUGAUGGUGCAAAUAUGUUUAAUAAAAGUCUGACAUCUUUCGAA